GAAAAGUAGGACACCGCGUGACGCGUUGCAAGUCUCGAAAUAGUUCAAGCGAAUAAGAGCAUACCCCGUUAAAUGCCGGGUUCAAGAGGAACUACGCUCCGCGAACCCCCCUCGAACGGAGCGCAAUGCUUUGCGUGUGAUGGCUAAACUCCGCCGUGUUCUAGCGCGAAUCCAGAGUGGCCAUUGUACGCGGCGCCGAAGGAGAAACUCUCUCCCGCCCACCGUUUUCGCACGAAACUACUGGGACGCUUUGUCGAACCCGCACUGAUGCGAUAUCCACAGAAGCGCAUGGGCGCGGCGGCCGUCGCAAAUAGCGUCCGAAUAGAAGUCACGGUAUCUCUCNCUCACGUUAACUCGAUACUUCCUGGGAGCGAACGGGGCAAAAGGUUUAAUUUCACAGCUUAAUCGUUUUUACGCCCGUGGUUGCAUCAGCAUUCCAAUUUGAUUUUAUCUUGUUCCCCUGUGAUUUUUCUUGACAACUAUUCCCCUAUCAUUAUCUACGACCACUGCUCUGCACCAGUGAUGUCGUGUGGCUGGCCGCUGAACUGUCAGAGCCCAUAGGUCCUGUUUGUACCGUUGUGUCCUUUUCACGCUUGCCGAGGUUUGCUCUUUCUCCUGCUUGGUUGGUUUCCAUAUUCUACAUCUUGCACAAGUCAAGGUAGCAAACGACGUCAUCUGCACAUGUCCACCGUACCGUCGACGCGAACGUCUUUGUUAGACAUUACCCGGUGUAACCCUAUUGGUGGCGGGUUUAUUCGGAGCACUGUACUGGGUCACACGGACAUCUGACGAUGAAGAAAUAGCGAGCCUGACUGACAACCCUGUCUCCAGACUCCUACGUAGAAGUUUGUUCUGUGAGUACUCGUACGUUUCUCAGUCUUAUGACUGAAGGAUGAGGUAUGAAUGAACGUGAUUCACUCCACUGACACCUACCGACAUACUUCGUACGUUUCAAUCGUGUCGUCGUGCAAAUAGGGACCAAGGAGGACGUCCGACGGCUGCUCCCGGGCUGCAGCGUGUGGUGGCACUCCUGGUCUGGUUGAACAAGCGACCAUGGCCACUGAAUACCAGCACCUUGAGCAAAGCAAGACGGCCGAAGGUUGGAUGAUUGUGGUCUCAGAUUGUUGUCCCCUUGCACUUUCCUCCUUGGACAUUGUGGACCGGACGGCACGUUUUCCAUGCGCGCCCACGAAUGUGGGUUCGUGAGUACCGAAUGGCGUUUGGAAGCGGUAGCUCAUGUUCUUGGGGAGAAGGUAGAUGGCAGUCGAAACGACUAGAGUUAUUGUUUGGUGUUGUUGGUAAAUUCCCGCCAAGGGAACGGUUCGUGUUUUCAUACUGUUUCCCCACGAACUCUGGGAAAUCGGGGGCGCCAGGGUAAGCGAAUGAGGGGGUUGACAAUCUUCGUCCACCGUCGGCGCAGGCUCUAUUGCUUGGUUCAUGGCUUCCGCCAACAGAGGGUUUCCCCCGCGCCGCUCUAGCCGCUGUUUUUGCAUGGGGAUGGUUUUCAGUAACUAUGUGUGUCGAUGAGAUGUGUUUCGGAACUUUGACGUGACAACUAACAUUUCGGUUAGAGUUGCCUUGAGAAUCUUCUGUCCGUGCUGGUCUUGUUUGUGCUUUUAUUCUGUCCUGUUCUGUUUUUUCGUUUCAGAGACGAGCUUGUUUUGUGUGCUUGCGCGUUUCCCUCGACGUGUUACGUGGGUAGCCUAGGAGUGAUGGCCAGGCUUGAAGUUGCCGUAUAUUCUAUUGGCAAUCUUGGCACGGUCAACAUUGCCGUUGUUCCGGUCUGCUUCCGCUCAAACGUGCCAGCAGCAUUGUAGAAAUGAGGUGUAUUUUUUUUAAGCUAUUUUCAUACAUUGCUUGUGUUCAUUCUUAGCCGCUAGUCCCCCUGCCGUUGGUUUCCUUUCGUUGAUUGAGCGGAAACCUGCGAAUGAAUUUUCCUCGUUUCGUUAGCUGCAAUCACCUCAUCCAGUUUUCGCGUCAUGACUUCGGAAGGGUUCGUAUGAACGUGAUGACACGUCUUGGUUGUCUGCUUCCAGUGCACGCAGUCGACGGGUCUUUCGGUGUGCUUGUCGAAGAAGGUGGAGAAAUUGUUUGCUUGGUUUAUGGCAUAAAUGUACAUGCUGUCGGCCGGCCGCCUCCAUGGUGCCUUCGUUUCCCCCCCGGUGUCGUGCGGUCAGGUGGCGUCGCUGACCACCGUCAUGCUGCUGACUCACUCACAAGAAUGGUGCCGUUCCCUUGGUGUGUUGGGGGGGGAGAGUUCCAGCGCAUCUGGGAUC